GAUUGUAUGUUUGAGUGAGGGGCAGACACAUGCCAGGUGCUGGUCCUGUCCGGGAUGCCAGCUGUAGCAUUGAAGUCUGCUCCGGAGGACGUUGCGACAGAGGGAGGAGGCGACCGAGAGGACCACGGGUCUCAGUUAGACGCCUUAGGGCCGGCUCGGGAGCGACUGCCCCUGUCUUCUCUAAAGGUCCCCAGGGAGCUUCUGCGGAGCUUUCCCCACUCCAAACGGGUGGGAUCCUAUCUGGUAGGGAAAAUGAUAAACAAGGGAUCUUUUGCCAAAGUGAUGGAGGGGCUGCACAUCGGCACGGGGGAAAAGUUGGCCAUUAAGGUGAUUGACAAGAAGAAAGCGCGGCAAGACCCAUAUGUGCUGAAGAACAUGAAAAGAGAACCUCGAAUUCAUCAGAUGGUCCGACAUCCAAACAUUGUUGUUCUGCUGGAGACGUUGGAGACAGAGAACAGCUACUACAUGGCCAUGGAGCUUUGUGCUGGGGGAGACCUGAUGGACAGGAUCUGUGACAGGAAGAGGCUAGAGGAGAAGGAGGUGCGGCGCUACACUCAUCAGAUCCUCUCUGCAGUGGAACACCUGCAUCAACGUGGCAUCGUACACAGAGACUUAAAGAUUGAAAACUUUCUGCUGGACGAGCAUAACAACAUAAAGAUUGUAGACUUUGGCCUGAGUAACACUCUGAAGGCUGAAUCUUUGUCUCUGGAGCUACUGAAAACCCAGUGUGGAAGCCCUGCCUACGCAGCCCCUGAGUUGCUAGCUCACAGGAAGUAUGGACCCAAAGUGGACGUCUGGUCCAUAGGUGUGAGCAUGUUUGCCAUGCUGACAGGAACUUUGCCCUUCACUGUGGAGCCAUUCAACAUCAAGCAGCUGCACCAAAAGAUGGUCAACAGAGAGAUGAACAGCAUUCCCAGUGACAUCAGCAAAGGUGCGGUUGCGUUUGUGUUGUCUCUGCUGGAGCCUGACCCAGCUAAGAGACCUAGUGUCAAAGCUGCAAUAGAGGAGAGAUGGAUCAACGAGGGACAUGCCAAGAAACCACCACACACACACUCUCAUAAAAACCGGCUGUGUCCAGAGGAUCUCAACUCUUCUGUGCUAGUGUAUAUGACCGAGACACUGGGCUAUUCACUCUCUGAAAUCAUACACACACUCACCAUCAACCGACCCUCUGCAAUCAUGGCUUCUUAUCAUCUGCUGCUGAACAAGCUUAGUAGGAGCCAGAAGGGGGCCAAGCCCAGCAAGAAAGUCAAAGGCAGCUACUUGAGUAUUCCAAGCCAGAAUACACGGAGAGAGAAACUUACUUCUGAAUCAAGGAAACCGAAUGAACCAACCAAUGAAAAAAGAUCAAAGCAGUCCAGCAAGCCUUUGAGACCCCAACAGACAACUGCAUGUCCAAUCAACAGGAAGAGGAGUGAGGACCGCCUAUACAGACAGGAUCAACGAGAGGAUAUGGAGAAUCGCACCCCUUCUCCAUCUUUACCCCAGCUUCUUCAUUCUAUUUCCCCCUCAAUACCACCUCGUCUUACCUCUCCCUUCCCCGUCCCUCAGUUUACAGAAGAUGGAGCCACUGAUGAGGAGAUUGCCAUUAAGUCGGAAAACAAAGAAACUCUGUUUCCGAGAGUGUCUGUUUUCGGAGAAAGAGAACUCGUCCAUCUGUCUCCUCCUAAAAUCUCUGCAUCUCAACUCUGUGACUCAACCCCCUGCCAAGUCUCCUUACUUGCUCAGCCAAUCAGAGACAGCAGCGCGUUGAGGCCAAUUCGGCAGACGCAUCUGCUAAGGACAACGCAAUCAGAUGGGGCAGCUAACCCUGUGUCACAGUGCUGCCAUGACAACUGCCGCCAAGAUGACCACUCUCAUCACUUGAGCAUCAACGAGCGUCUGGAGAAGCUGCAGACAUUCUAUUUAUCUGAGAAUAAGGGCAUUUCUCCAAGGAUGUUCCUUGAGGCUAAACACAUAACACACUCCUCAGACAGAGACCAGCUCGGUGUCACAGAGACCCCCCAGACACCCUCUACCCCACUGCCCCGCCUGCAGAACCUGGGGCUAAAAGAUGGACGAGGCAGAAAGAUGACAUGGGUAGGUUUAACCCGUCCCAGGCCCCCAGGACUGCUGUUGAAUGGGUCUAAACCUACCGCCUUUCCCUCACAGAGACAACAUACUAUGGUCAUUAAAAGUUUAAGGAAGCAAAAGGGGAAGAGGAGAGAUCUGUCUGCAGGAAGAGGAGAGAGAGGCAUUGCAGGAGGAGGGCUAAAUGGACCUACAAGGAACUCAAUUCAGUUACGUUCAUCUCUCCAGCGGCAGGUGGUGGACCUAAAUCUUCCACUGCUUCCUACAACUCUGCAGAGGAUGACAAAUAGCAAAAGCCAACUACAAAACAUGGAUUUUAGUGUCCUUCCAUAGAUGGGAGGCCAAAAUAAAAAUGCCUUGAUAGUGGCCAGAAAAAAGGUUUGACAAAAGAAGAAAAGAGUACUUGAAUUUAGUGUCACAUUUAGAACAGAUUAGCAUUUUCGAAAUACUGGCUUGAUUCUUUUGAAUCAGUGGCAACAUCAAGGGGAACAAAAGAGGAUAAGGAAUAGGGGGUGAUGCUAUGAAAUCUGGAGUAAAUAUUGGGCAGCAGAUAAAAGCUGUUUUGAGACCUUUUGUGGAAAGUGUAAUGGCAGCUACAAAAAGAUUCUAACGUUACUAUUAUUCUCAUUCCAUUUAGGCCAUGCUCAACAAUGUCUAAAAGUAUGCAACCUUCAUAUAUGCUGCAGUGCCAAAUAGUCUAACUCAAAGCUCAUCCAUUUUAAUUCAGCCUUUAGUUGCAAGAAUUCCUUCGUCUGAAAUUCCAUUUUCAUCUCCAGCUUGAUGGGAUGUGCAGAAUGCCCACAGAUAGUAGUUGUUGUCCAUGAAUACAUUUUUGUACCAACACAAGUUCAAUUAAAGAAAUAUAUA